AUGACCGCCAUUGAUGAAGGCCGAGUGUUAUCUGGGCUUCUUGGGCGUCUUCCGGCCGAAGUACUCAACCAAGUAUUCCACCAACUACCCAACAUCGACUUGAAAAUUCUGCGCCAAACAUGCACUUACAUCAAAGACUCUACGCAUCUUCGCCUUAGCCGUCUCUUUCUCUCGCCUAAUUUGCGCGAUAUAGAGGUCUUCAAAGCUGUAGCAAACCACGAAGCCUUUCGGCUCCAGGUCACAGAGAUCAUCUACGACGAUACACGUUUUGAUGCAGCCCACGAAAUGGAGUGGACCUCAUGGUAUAACGAAGAAAAGGAUAUCGGCGAGGUCACUGAAGUUCCUGAAUGGUAUCGUCACAUCUACCGUGGGAAUCGCGAGGAUAUAAGGAGGUACAGUCCUCACCAUUCACAGGCCAAAGAAGCCUUGGAACAUCUCCUCAGCCCGGCAGAAGCAUUCAAACAUUUCAAGAGGUUAUGGCAGGAACAACAAGAGACUAUUGCGACCAACAGAGACGCCGAUGCGUUAAAAUCACUCCUACGCGGUCUCCUUUACCCUAUUGAGCGUGGAUGGCCUCUUACAGAGGAUCAUUCCAACUUUCCCGAAGCGAGGGAUUGGGAUGGCUUGGAGAAGGAUAAAUGGCGCGGCUAUUGUCUAGUCAGUCGUAUCGUCGCCCAACACCUACGGGAGAACCCGGAGAGCAAACUUGCUGAAUUGGCUGUUGACACCAACCAGCUCCGAACAGGGAUUAGUUGCCGUAUAUUCGAUGACGCCGAGAACAGCGAGAUCAAAGACCUGAAGGCCAUCCUAAGUCAUCCUGGGUUCGCGAGCCUUGACCUCUCUCUACACUGCGGCAACCAGUGUGAGAAGAACUGGUGCUCUUUUCGAAGUAACCAUUUGCGGGAAACACUUGCCAUGGCGAGGGAUAUCCAACAUUUUAGUCUGUUGACUAAUGUUAUAUAUGUUGACGACUUUGAUGAAUCUGACUCUGACGACUAUCACGACCCUGAUGCAGAGGAAGUAGACCACUUUAUUCCUUUGCAAACCAUCUUGCCUGUUAACGACUGGCACCAACUUCGACACUUCGGCCUCUGUCGAUUCAUCGUCAAAAAAGACGACGUCAUAAAUGUUCUCGAAAUUUUAUCGCCAACUCUAGAGUCUGUUGAACUGAGCUACUUGAUCUUCAUGCCCGAUAGUGGCGACUAUCACAGCUUGGUGCAAGACAUGCGGCAGAAGCUGGGCUGGCGCGAGCGGGAUGCAGAAAGCCAGCCUAAAAUAGUUGUUCGCAUUGACGUUCGAUUUGGCAGUGUUCAUGGCGCUUAA